UUUCCAGGAUCUUCAUGAAAUGUUCAACGGGCAGUGAAAGCUCUAGUCGGCCCUCCGUGUUACUAUAUCACUGCCCGUUCCCUUUUCCACCCUUUUAUGAUUCUUCUGUUUCUGUUUUGUUAUACUAUGGACUACCUCCCCGGGACUGACGAAAUGUUGAAACAGCCUCAUCAGGGUAAUGCCACGACCGUGAUAUAUACGACUUUCGCCCAGUGUUCCGUUUCGCACAAGCAGUACUUCAGUCUCCCUCGAUCGCUGUAUCCCUUUUCGGGCGUUCCCACCCAGUCUACGACUCACCGAAGCAAUGGAGAGGCCUACCAAGAGACCGCGACUGUCUAUCGGGGCGGAACCACAGGGGGAGGUGGACGACAUCGACAUCCAUGAAGCGCGUGCCCAGAAUGACCUCCGUCUGAAGUCGAUCUUCGAAGGCAUUUUUGAAAAAUACGGCAAAGACUUUACAGACGUCGGCGACGAAAUUGAUUUACAAACCGGAAAGAUAGUCGUGGACAAUGGCCACAUCGAGGCCAUGGACGGUGAAGAUGAUACCGGCGAGCAGAGUGGUUGGCUGUUCGAGCCGGGCUUGUCUGCAGCCCCAGACCCGGAAGCAGAUGGUGUUACAUUGGGCGGUUCUGCUCAUCAGCCCGAUGCAGAAACCGGCAGCGAUACUGCAGGAGAUGACGGCACGCAAUCUCAGCAUCCACCGGCUUCGAUUCCAUCGCAAACGGGGCUGGCCCCAGACCAGUCACGGGAGACCACGGCGAGCGAAGCAGCCAAUGGCGACCCGGAUACUAACGACGAUAGGUCUAGUGCGGAUUCAUUGCUGGAUACUGCAUUGUGCGUCCAGAAUGACCCGGAUGGCUCUCGGGGCCGCAAGGCGAUGGCAGAUGUUACAGGGAAGCCUGCUACCAAAAAAGCAAAUCCUGCGGCUGAAGCAUCCGCCCAAUCCAGGGGGGUCAAAUUCAGUGAGGCGGUGGAGGCAAUAUGGCGCGUUCCUGAAAUUAGUGGGGGGUUCGCUACACCGGCAUGGAACAAGUCACGUCCUGCGCCUUCGCUCAAUCUUGUACGCUCUCAGUCCCCACCGCGGACAGGGUCUACCUGGGCACUUCCUUGGUCGUCCCGCCGGAGCUCCGGAUCGAAACGCGCAAAGAAACCCCAGACCACUCCGCAGGGGAGGAGAUGCCAGUCCAGCCCCGUCGGGUGCGACUGGUCCUUUGCGGAAACGCCUGACGGAGAUGAAUCCGACGACCCGUUGCAGGAAGACUACGAGCCGUCACCAACACCCAAACGGGGCAUCGAAAUCCGAGGUAAGCGCUUGGAAUCGCAUACUCCGACUCGUACGAAAGACAGAUGCGAGUCUUGCCAGCAAUACUUUGCUCGUCCCGAUUACGUCUCCCACCUGAAGGACGUCCUGUCCAAGCCGGCGGAUGGCCAGCAUGAUCAGGCAGAAGUCCGAAGGCAUCUGUCGGCCAUUACCAACCCUCGGACUCCCAAGUUGCAGGCAGAAGGGGGCACCACCUCCGCCAACACUUCUGCCAAAAAAGGGGCCGUUUCUUCGGUGAAUACCACGAAAGCGGCGGAGAACAUCCCAGUGGAUAACGAUACGACGCCUACGAAAAAACGUGUCAGGACGUUCAUUGGUCCGGAUGAAGCAAGGUUGAUUGUUAGAAUGAGGCAAGUACAGGGGAAGAAGUGGAACGAUAUCCUUGACCAGCUUCCACAGAAAAGCUUGAGCCAACUCAUCCAGUGGAAUAGGAGCCACUGGAGUGAUCGCCGAGCGAAGCCGCCUCCAUUGUCCAAGCCUUGGACCAAUCCAGAGCGGGAACAGCUGGACCAAAUCAAAGACCAACGGGGGCUUUCAUGGGCCACAAUCCGUGCAGAGCUGCCCGGGCGCCCACUCGCGGAGAUCGAAUUCGAGCUAUUGCAGCGCUGGGUUGGCGAGGAGGUUUUGCACAAAGAGGCCGGUGAUUCGAUGGCCGGGUCAACAGGCAAGGACGAAUCAUGAAGCGGCAUCGUGGUACCCGAGUCAGAAUUCGAUCCUUACGUGCAGCCAGCCAGUCGGCGGGGGCAAUCGCUUCGAGCACGAAUCUUGCCAGAUCCCCGCCAUGACCCACUAGGGGAGGGACAUUUGGGGUGACAGGAGGACGUGGGCACUCGCGCGGUUCUAGCGCGAAUGGGAGCCACCGCCAGGGUUCGUCCGGGUAAAGCCGAG